AAACUCAUUGAAAUAUUCUAUCCUCCACAUGGCCUCCAAGAACCUCAAGCUCAGGGACCUCUUUUCUGAAUCUGGUAAAAUAUUCAAAGCACACUCUCGCCACUUCCACACUCUCACCCUCAUCUUCCUCUUCCCCCUCUCCUUCCUCUUCCUCUUCCUCCUCCCUCUCAACUUCAACCAUUCCUUCACCAAACCAUCUUCAACAACAAACCACCAACCCUUCUUUCACCUCCUCUAUUCCCUUUUCCUUUCCAUCCUUUCCUACUCUGGAGUCAUCAGCAUCACCAACAGCGUUUUCCACUUCUUCUACGACCAACCCGUCAACCUUCUUUCUGCUAUCAACUCCAUCUCCACCUCCUUCUUACCCCUCCUCGCCACCACCGUCGUUUCCCAUGUCAUCUUCUUUUUCAUCUCACUUUUCUAUGGCCUUCUCUUGCUUCUUCUCAUUAGUGGGGCUACCCUUUUCAGUGUAACAAUUCCACACUCUUUUCCCCCUUACUUAAUUGCGUUCGGCGAGUCGGCUUCCGAGAAGGUCGUGGAGGCCAACAAUCCGGUGGUCAAGUCGAGGACCAUUGGUGAGACUCCUCAAAAGUGUCGUCGCGAGGCUGAGAGGCCCAUAUCGGUGGUUAACCUGGAGACGAUCGUGGCCGCUGAGGCGGGCAAGGGUGACGCCGAGGUUCAAUCUGCCGAGAGGACCCUGAGCGAUUGUCUCGGCGAGAAUUGGGAACCGGUGAAUUAUGAAGACAACCAUGGUGUGGCUUCCUUCUGGGAUGAAAAGUUCAACCACAGUGCUCACAUUCGUGGGACCGACUUGCUUGAAGGUGACUGA